UUGGAUCUUACCUUGUCGUCUGCAAUGGAUGAAGCAGUAGUUCUUAAAAAUAACCCUGUUGACCGUUCAGGACUUUUGGAUUCACACCACACAUCCCUUAACAAUUCUAGUUGUUCGACACCAAUUAUUCUUAGUAACGAAGCUGCCAUUACUAAACAUUGGACGUCUAGUUAUCCUGAUCGCUGGAAGUCUGUAGACGAUCCUGGCCCACUAGGGCGUCUUGUGGUUCUUAAUCUCAAUGAAACGGAUAAUAGUAACAAAAAUGAAUAUUUAUUUGAUGGAACAGCUGAAAAUUUUGCGGUUGGCUCUUUACACACUGAACAACGAACCUGUUCUGUCAUGUAG